CGCACAUUCACCUCCGAUUCCUCCAAGUACAAACACCAAUUUUUGUCAAUAUAUAUAGAUCACCUCUCGCGAUCCCUCAGAAUGGCCCUCGCUGCACUUGUCCCUCUCUUAGCGCCCUCCUCCUUAUUCCCCUUCUCUCCCUCUCUCCCUUCCGGUUCCCCCUAUGCGAGGUAGUUCUCAUCAUGAGUAUUCGGUGCUGGAUCGUGGUGCCGCUUGUCUGCAGUGCAAGAAAAGGAAGAAGCGGUGUGAUGGUGUCAAGCCUGUCUGUGGCCCCUGCAUACGUAUUGGCACCGCAGAACAAUGCGAAUUUCCACAGCCUCCCCCUCCCAAGGUCAAGAAACCAAAGACCCCACCCCGCUCCAAGAACGAGACCUUGCGCGCCCAGAUACGACUCCUUGAGGACAAAAUCGCCAGGUUGCAAUCUGCUAUCAGCUCUACUUCUCAUACAGGUUCAACCACCAACUACGUCGAUGAUUCCUCCUCCCCUUCGGUUCGAGGGUCUUCCGUCGGCCUCCAGGAUGAGAUGCUGAUUGACGAAGACCAAACGCGUCGAAUUUCAAAGAUUUCGCAGAUUCCCGACAUUCCGCCGCUUGCUAUAUCUUUUUCCGCUCCAUCUCCAUCUUCACCUGAUACGGCGUCAUCGCCAUCGUCAAAACUCUUCCAGGGUGACUUCCCCUUGCCGACAUGGACCGAAGAAAUUUUCGAUGUCUUCAUGCGAUACAGGCACCGAUGCGGUUACGAGAUCGACGAGCAGCGCUUUUCCCUGGCGUUUCGGACCUCUCUAAGGGCAAAUCGUCAUCGCCAUGCCCAGGGGCUUCGUCAUGGUCACGAUACAUCUGACAGCGAAUCAGAUCUUGACGGUCGCCGUCAGGUGAAACCAGAGGAGCUGUUGCCUGCUGAAAAAACACACGCUGGCGUUACCGGCGGGAGGCUACUCCACCCGGCCUUGAUGAAUGCUGUGUUGCUUCUUGGCUGCCACUUUGCAACGUCCAACGGCAGCGCGAGCGGUAGCGGAGAUACCAUCCUGGAUCCUUCUCGGGUUUCUGCACCGUCUCAGCAUUACACUUCUCGGUCCCGGGAUCCAUCUCAAAGUUAUUACUCACCAACAUUGGCAGACACUCAACGCUUGCUUCAUUACACACGUUUGGCCCUUGAGAACGCGCUCAAUUCAGCUGAUCGCCUGCAUGAUUUCCUUCAUGCAACAUUCCUCCUUGUGUUCUUUUAUUUUGCCACUGGACGCGUAUCAGAAGCACAGUACCACAGUGCAGGGUUGGCGGGCUUUGUCGGAGCGUGCAAGCUGAAUGAGCUGGACGUUUCUGACCAAACCCUUCAUGGUAGCGAAGCUAGGAUGUUGAUUGAUUCUCCAAGAGAUCAAGUGGAUAUUGAAGAACGAAUUGGAUUAUUUUGGAAUGUGUUCAUUUUGGACAAAUAUGCUGCACUCGUUUAUGGUAGCAUGAGCACUCUUCGGGAUGAGCGUAUCUGGACUCCAUGGCCUCGUUCAUCUGAAGAAUGGAGUAUACCGAGGCACUCGGAAUUCAGUCCUUCGUCGGCGUGGAACUCCACGUUACCAGCCUUGAACCAUCUCACACUUUCCAAGGUUGAGCUUACGUUCAGGUCUAUCUCCAUUUAUUUGUUGGAAGGGGUUAUGCGACUGGACAAGUCUUCUUCCGUAUCAAGUAGACCAUUUGGAGAGUUGAGGACUGAAGCUGACUUAGCCGAGCUCACUCGAAAUUAUGAGAGUCUUCGAGAUACUGCUCAGCGUAUCGCUGUUUGGCUUCCUGACCUGGAUCUCACCUUUAUUCAACGAGAUUUGGUGUCUGCAGUGGCAUCUGCCCCAGCGCUCCAUUCCCGACACUAUUAUGGCCACCAAAGCCAGUCUUCCUUUUCUGGGUCAAUGGGUCGGGCAUCAACCAUUGGACUUGAGACGAAUAUGCUAGAUCUUCAAACUUCCCACAUGCCCUCCCCGCCUUCUUCGGCGUCGGCGUUGUACACUGGGGGGUACUCAACUUCCGGCAGUUCCCCAUUGAGUUCCACCUAUGCUUUCUUCCCAUCAUCUUCGGCCUCCUCUCCCGCAUUGCCCGCUCCGAUCACUGUGUUCGGAAGUGGGCUUUCAUCCACUGGAUUGACGUCAAACCCGACUCCUUCCCCAUGCAGAGGUCUUCGUCUGCUCAACCCUUUGGGAGCCGAUCUUCAGUUGGGCCCGGACCCACUCAGCUCCGCACUGAAUGCAAACAAGGCAGUGACUCUCCACCUCAGAUGACGCGGCAAUCUAGACCAUCGCCUCCCUCUUCCUCAUUUUCAGCGUCGCAUCCGACGGGUCAGCAGAUCCCAUUCUCUACGGUAUCGUCGGAGUCUCCACGGAAGAUACGUACACACGCAGCGUUGCUAUUCGCUCAUUGUGUCGUCAAGGCAGCGUGGAUCCAUUUGAAUUCGGCGAAUGCAGCUUUGUUUGGAGUUGUUACGGAGAACGAUGGGAGU